CAGAGGCCGCCGGAGCCGCGCCGAGAGCAGCCACGGCAGUGAGGUGUCACACACUCAAGCGUCCCUGUCCCAGAUGACCGAGGUGUUCUGUGUGUCCUGGCAUCAGAAAUCCCAGUCCCAGGUGUCCCUGUCUGCAAGUGUCCCUGUUUCCAAUGUCCCAGCUGUCUCCAGGUGUCCCUCACCCAGUGUCCCUGUUCUCAGUCUUCCAGGUGUCCCUGGGUGUCCCAGUGCCACAGCUGUCCUUAUCUCCUAGUAUCCCAGACCCGGGUGUCCUGACCCAGGUAAUGCAGGUGCUCCAGCUGUCCUUAUCCCAAAUAUCUCUGCUCCAAGACAGCCAAUUCUCUCACCCCUCCCACCUGGACCCCUCCCAUACACACUCCCCCAGCUUGCAGGUCGAGAGUGGUGACCAGCCGCCCCAGAACCCCCUCAAAAAGUGUCUCCAGAAGAGUGGCCAUGUGGUUGGGUGCCCGGCUGGACACUCUGCCCACCCCAGCACUGACCAUCGACCGCACCACGGCGCGUCGCAAUGCUGAGCGCAUGCGGGAGCACUGCCGGACCCUGGGCGUCCGCCUGCGACCCCACGUCAAGACCCACAAGACGCUGGAAGGCGGUUUGUUGGCCACCGGCGGCACGCGGCGCAGCAUUGCCGUCUCCACGUUGGCCGAAGCGCGUUUCUUUGCGGACGGUGGCUUUGAUGACAUCCUGCUGGCUUACCCACUGCCCACCACACGGCUGGAGGAGUGCGCAGGACUGGCGCAGCGCCUCGAAGCUUUCCACGUGCUGCUGGACCGCCCCGAGGCGCUGGCCUGCCUGCGGCAGCGGCCACUGGCCCAUGGCAAACGCUGGCUUGUCUGGCUGAAGCUCGACUGCGGCAACGGCAGAGCUGGCGUGCGCCCGACGGACCCUGCAGCCCUGGAGCUGGCCCGGGCCAUCGCCAAUGAUGCACCCAAGGAAGUGACAUUGGUUGGGGUCUAUGCACACUGUGGGAACACCUAUGGCUGCAGUGGGGCAGACGCCAUCCAGGCCAUCGCCAGGACCACCACCAACGCUGUCCUCGGCUUUGUGGCUGCGCUGCGGCAGGCUGGUGUGCCCUGUCCCCACGCCAGCAUCGGCUCCACUCCCUCCUGCAGCCACCCCAUCCCUGAGAUGUCCCAACUCACCGAGCUGCACCCGGGCAACUACAUCUUCUAUGACCUGCAGCAGACACAGCUGGGCUCCUGCCAGCCCCAGGACGUGGCCAUCCGUGUCCUCACGAGGGUUAUCGGGCACUACGCGCACCGAGGGCAGCUGCUGGUGGACUGUGGCUGGACAGCACUCAGCCUGCACGGGGCAGGAGCAGGACGGGGCCCCCAGGGCUGCGCUGCCAUCGAUGGGCACCCCGAGCUGCGGUUGGUGGGGCUGACGCAGGAGCACGGGCUGUUGGAGCACGCUGAUGGACAGAUGGAUUUUGGGAAGUUCCCCGUGGGCAGCGUGCUGGCGCUCAUCCCAUACCACGCGUGUGCUACGGCAGCCAUGCACCCUGUGUACUACGUGCACGAAGAGGGGCAGGUGGUGGCCCUAUGGCAGCCCGUGCGUGGCUGGUAGGGCCCCAUCCCACUGCCCAUAAUGAGGACCUGCGCCCACAAUGAGAUCCUAUAGCCAUAACGAGGUCCUGUGCCCACGAUGACAUCCUACACCUACGCCGAGAUCCUACAGUCACACCAAGAUCUUGCAACCCUGCUGAGAUCUCAUGGCCAGCAUGAGAUCCUGCAACCACACUGAGAUCCUGCAGCCGUGCUGACAUCCUGUGAGCAUCACAAGGUUGUGGAGCCAUGACGAGACCCUACAUCCAUGAUAAGAGACCCUACACCCAUGAUGAGACACCCUACAUCCAUGAUGACACCCUACACCCAUGAUGUGAUCCUACACCCAUGAUGAGAUCCUACACCCAUGAUGAGACCCAACACCCAUGAUGUGAUCCUACACCCAUGAUGAGAUCCUACACCCAUAAUGAGAGACCCUACACCCAUGAUGUGAUCCUACACCCAUAAUGAGAGAUCCUACACCUAUGAUGAGACACCCUACACCCAUGAUGAGAUCCUACGCCUACAUCAAGAUAAUGAAACCACACUGAGAUCCUGCGGCCCUGAUCAUGUCCUGCAUCCAUGCUGAGAUCCUGUGCCCAUUUUCAAGUCCUACACCUACACCAAGAUCCUGCUGCACUCACACUGAGAUUCCACACCUACACCAAGAUCAUGGAAUCAUGGAAUGGUUGGGGUUCGAAGGAACCCAAAGGAUCAUGAAUCUCCAACCCCCUGCCACAGG